AUGCCGGAACAAGCCAUGGAGGCUGUGGAUGAUUGGAGCCAUUACGACCGUGCUGUUGUCACUCUCAGCGAUCUUGGUCUUUCACGACGCAUUCCCGAGCCCCCGGAGAGCCCGCUUUUACACACACGUUGUGGUAGCGAGGACUACGCGGCCCCCGAAAUCUUGAUGGGCCAGGCCUAUGAUGGUCGUGCAACGGAUGCAUGGGCGCUCGGCGUGCUGCUCUAUGCCAUCAUGGAAAAUCGUCUGCCGUUUGAUGUUCUCCCGGGCACUCGCGGUGAUCCCGCCAAACUACGCGCUCGGACGCCGCACCGUAUCGCCCGCUGUGAAUGGGCGUGGUACCGGUAUGCCGACGACGACGAGGAGUGGGAUCCUGAGAAAGGCCGUGGAUUGGAAGGUGCCCGGGAGUGUGUCGAAGGUCUAUUGAAGCGCAACACUCGGCGUAAAACACUCGAUGAGAUUGCAGCCAUGGAGUGGGUACGCGAUGCAAUGGACAUCCCCGAUGGACUGAAAAGAGGUGACAGGGAAGUACCAUAG